AUGCAAGACAAUAGGGAAAGGGUAAUCGCGUACGCUGGCCGCUCAUUAAACAAGUCUGAAAGGAAUUACUGCAUCACGGAACAGGAGCUGUUAGCGAUGGUGUACUUCAUGCAGUUCUUAAGACAGUACCUGUAUGGAAGAAGUUUCACGGCGCGAACUGAUCAUCACCCCAGAUCAUGCCGGAAGUGCCGUCGUAGAGCCGAGUUUAUGGUCCCAAGGCGAACACAGAACUGCACUGAAUCAAUCGUGGCUGAACCUAUAUCGGACCUGUGCACAGAUCGCACACUAGAAGCAGCUGAUGUAGCGGUGAAUGGCAACGGAGAUGAUGUGGAGCAGAUAAGAGGGAUCACUGUCGAUGAUGCCCAGAUUCCAUCAUCGUCCAUGUUUUUAGAGCCGGCUUUACAACGGCAGAAAUUAAAGAAGUCCAGGAGAAUGAUGCAGAUGUUGGGCCUAUCCUCAGAGCGUUGCGAACUGUUGUUAAGUCAAAUGAUCUUGAAUGACGUUCUCUACCGGAUCUUCCGAAAACACGAUGGAACUGGAGAGUUUCAUCAGUUAAUCGUUCCACACUGCAUGGGGAUAAUAAUGAUCAAGCAGGGGUUCUACUGGUUUGAGUUGAAGAGCGACAUCAGGCUUCAUGUCCGUGCAUGUGAUGUGUGUGAAGCCGAUAAGAAGCCUCACAAGACACCACGAGCACCCAUGGGUCACUUUAAGGCUGUUGCCCAUUGGGAUGUACUCGCCAUCGACUUCUUGGGACCGCUUCCGGUUACAAACCGUGGCAACAGGUGGGGAGCCCGACUAGUUGUACAUGGUGACCAAGGGGCGGCCAUUGAGAGCCAGCUAUUUAAAGAUCUGUGUGUUCUUAUGGACGUAAAAAAGACUCGCAGUUGUCCUCGCAAUCCUCGGGGAAACGGUCAGGUCGAACGAUUCAACCGGUCCCUCAUGAAGAUGGUCAGAGCAUAUCUCACGGACGAGGAGAAAUAUUGGGAUAUGUACUUGGGUUGUCUUGCGGGAGCAUACAGAGCGACACCUUGUAAGUCAACAAGAUUAUCGCCAAACAUGAUGGUGCUUGGCCGAGAGAUGCGAUUACCAGCGGACGUUUUGUUUGGAGACAUAAAGGCUACAAACGAGACCAGAAACCCAUCUGAUUUUGUAGUUCAAACUAGAGGGCACAUGUGUAGGGCACAGGAGGUUGCAAGAAAGCAUUUGGAGGCAAAUGCAAAGCGCAGUAAAGAGUUUGAAGUUGGUGACGUGGCCUCCAAAAUUGUACCUGUUGAGCAGGAAUAUGACAAUUUUAACGUGUUUGAUGAUUUGUAUCAAGGUCCCGUAACAGCCAGUGUAGGGUCAGUUGUUCCAACCUAUCGACCCACCCCAGUUAAUUCAACAGUGAUUUCCAGUGCCAAUGUUGGAGUUCCACAGGCGACCCAAGCGCAAGGCGACCAAAAUGACUUCAGUCAACAUAGUUCGAGGUUAAACACACCAGUGAUGGACGAGCCAAGGCUGGUGUUGACGAAGGCAGCACGCACGCAGACAGGAAGCUAG